AUGGCAAAAGGUAUAGAAAUUUCAGGAUCUGAAAAUAAAUUUAUUCUAGAUUGUCUUAAGGAAAAUUAUAGACUCGAUGGUCGUAAAUUUGAUGAGUUUCGUAAGGUAGAUAUUAAAUUUGGCAAUGAAUAUGGUGACGUUACUGUUACCAUGGACAAGACAAAAGUCCAUUGUAGAAUCAGUUGUUCAUUGACUCAACCAUAUGAAGAUAGACCCUUUGAAGGUUUAUUUGUCAUCUCUACUGAAAUCUCACCAAUUGCUGGUGCACAAUUUGAAAAUGGUAAUAAUACCGGAGACUAUGAAGUCUUAUGUUCGAGGAUUUUGGAAAAGUCCAUUAGGAGAUCUGGGGCUCUUGAUGUGGAAGGGCUAUGUAUUGUAGCAGGUUCUAAAUGUUGGACCAUUAGAGCUGAUGUUCAUUUCUUAGAUUGUGAUGGUGGUUUUAUUGAUGCCUCAUGCAUUGCUGUGAUGGCAGCUUUGUUGCAUUUCAAAAAGCCGGAUAUUUCUGUGCAUGGUGAACAAGUCAUUAUUCUUCCGGUAGAUGAAAGACCACCCGUACCAUUAGGUAUAUUGCAUAUUCCAAUUUGUGUUACAUUCUCCUUUUUCAAUCCACAAGAUUCUGAACAAAAUAUUAAGGGUGACUCCAAUGAUGAAAUUGCAAUUAUUGAUGCUACUUUAAAAGAAGAACUAUUAAGAGAUGGUGAAUUGACUGUGACGUUAAAUAAAAAUAGAGAAAUUGUUCAAGUAAAUAAAGCUGGAGGGUUACCAAUGGAUGCCUUGCAAUUAAUGGAUUGCUGUCAUAAAGCUUAUACUAUUACAACGGAAAUAACAGAUCAAAUACUCGAAUGCAUUAAACAAGAUUCAAAAGGAAGAGAUAAAUAUUUAGAAUUAUUAAGUUCUGAAAAUGCUCGUGAAAGUUAA